GCACGGGCCGCGUCCCCGCUCCGGAAGCCUUCCGCCCGCGCAGGCGCCCUAGGUCCCGAAGCGGCCCUAGGUUUCGAGGGGGCCCUCGGUCCCGAGGUGGCCCUGGGUCCGCCGGCUCCCUCCGCCUGCCGAGGUGCCAUGGUGCCGCCGCCGCUGUCGCCGCCGCUCUGCACGCUGCCGCCCGGCCCCGGACCCCCGCGCUUCGUGUGUUACUGCGAGGGGGAGGGCAGUGGGACGGGGGAACGCGGCGGCUUCAACCUCUAUGUGACGGACGCCGCGGAGCUUUGGAGCACCUGCUUCACGCCGGACAGCCUGGCGGCCCUCAAAGCCCGUUUUGGCCUGAGUGCGGCUGAAGACAUCACCCCCCGCUUCAGGGCAGCCUGCCAGCAGCAAGCUGUGACUCUCACCCUGCAGGAGGACAGAGCUUCCCUGACCCUUUCAGGGGGGCCCUCGGCGCUGGAAUUUGACCUCUCCAAGGUGCCGGGCCCAGAGGCAGCCUCCAGGUUGCAGGCACUGACACUGGGCCUGGCAGAGCGCGUGUGCAGCUUGGAGCAGCGGCUGGCAGGUAGGGUGGGGGGUAGGCAUCUCACACCCUCACUGGGGUCCCCCCGCUGGGGCCUCCAUUCCUGCUUUCUCCCCAGCUGCUGCAGAGGAGACAGCCACCAGCCCCAGGAAGAGCUCCCGGCAGGUGGGCCCUCUGCUCUUCUUACCGGACCCGGAUGCUCAGAGAGGUGGCCCUGGACCUGGGGUCAAGAGGCGGUGUCCGGGAGAGUCUCUCAUCAACCCUGGCUUCAAGAGUAAGAAACCAGCUGGUGGUGUAGACUUCGAAGACCCCUGAAGGUGCAGCAAAAAGUGUGACCGUCGGGAGGCUGCUUGCAAGGGGAGGGGCAGCCCCUGGGACCCUCCCGCUGGCACCUGCCCAUCCCGCUGCCAGGCAGGAACAAGCCUGCUCCUCCAGCCCCUUCCCCAUCAAAUAAACAUCUUCAUCUGGCGGAGGUCA